AUAGAAGACGAGGAGCAAUAGAGAAAGACAGUGAUGCAGUCCAGCGCUCAUGUCUGCCAAGAAGAAGAGAGAGCAAGUGAGAAUAGAGGACUGGAAAAGAGACAAGGAGAAAUUAAUCUCUGCUGGAUUGUCCCACAGAAGUAAAUGCGCUGUCUGAAACCUUACGCACUCUGAGGAAUUGCUACUUCAUUUAGGAAAGUUAAAAGUCUGGAAGUUGUCAAAUUUAACAGCUCAUUUAGAGACCAGACAAGUGAUGUUGGACACUGCAUUUCAUAGGACACGUGGGUAAAGCCUUGUAGCUUUUCAAAAUAUCUAAAACUUUACAACAAGAGGCUUUUUUUGAAUAUCAUGCCAAAAGGUUUACUUUUUGUGUUUAUAGUCUUUAGAGCUUUGCGCUCAUGAAGAGCACCUAAUGCAGAUUCCGCAGUCAUGAUACUGGACUCUCUUAUCUGGUUUGUCCUUUCAUGGAACCAAUUCACCCGCAGGACUCUAAUUACGGAUGAGAUUGGAAGAGACGGCAGAAUAGUGUGUAAUUUGAGCAUUUAAAAUGAAGGAAUGAUUGCCUGUUUGCUGUGGGCUAUUCCAGAAAUCACUCCUGAGACUCAAAGUGUUCAAACAUUCUCCAAUGGAGCUUAGCGCCCAUCAGGACGCUUGCCUGUCCGUUCAGGGUCAGGCUAGAAAUGCCCAGUGCAUCACCACCUCACAACCUCUGCAACUGACAAGCUGUGGUCUCAAGCAGGGUCAAAUGGGCGGCUUUAAGAAAGUGUGUCGGAUCGAAGAGGACGUCUUGUGUCCGUUUCUUGGGUUGCCGCCGGGCGUGCUGGAAAUGAGGGUGAAGGAGGGCAGUAAAAUUAGGAACCUCAUGGGUUUCGCAAUGGCACGGAUGCAGGAUGAGACUGGGACCGGUGGUCAGACUGGACUGAGACAGGUCGUGUUUAGCGGGUCAGGCCGGGCCGUCACUAAAACCAUCACAUGUGCUGAGAUCAUGAAGAGAAAGAUUGGUGGUCUUCACCAGAUGACUAAGCUCCAGUACAAGGGCUUACGAGAGGUCUGGGAGAGUCAGGAAGGAGGUGACUCGGAGAUGACCGUCCACCGAACACUUCCCUGCAUCAGCAUCCUGCUUUCUAAAGACCCUCUGGACCCCUUGGAACCUGGUUACCAGCCCCCUGACAACACCUUCUGGACCGAGAGAACAAGAGGAGAAGCUUCACAGACAGUGGAGAAAAGACCUCUGGACUCCACUGACUCUCUGAUGGAGCCACCAGCAAAAAAAGCCAGUCUUUGAGCAUUAUGCUAAAGUCAGCAAUGCCCAACAAAGACUUUAACGAACUUUCUGAUAAGUAGCCAGGGCUCUCAAAGGGGCCUAGAGCAGUGGUUCUUAACUGGUGGGUCACGACCGAAAAAUGGUUCUGACAGGGUCAGCAGGGGAAAAACAAUGCUAAAUGCAAAUAAUACAAUGCAACUAACCAUAUAAUGAAUAAACAAUUAAUCAA